UUAAUCUAGUCGUCUUAUUUGAAUUGAGAAGCGCAAGAAUUCAAAUAUGUAUUUAUUGUUUUAAUUGGAAAUAUAUAUACUGCUUAAAUACACAAAAUCUUGAAAUUUGGCGUUUUAAUAUAUCGAAUUGAAUAAAUAAAUUUAUUAACAAAUGUUGGCAGCUUUUAUUAGUGGUGAAAUGUCUGUCUAUAUAGAGAACGACAGCUAACUUCACGCAUACUUCACCAUCUUCCUUUUCCGUGUUAGCUGUGAAAGAAGAAACAUGCCGCUAGCAAAAGAUUUACUGCACCCAUUGCCCGCUGAAGAGAAGCGUAAGCACAAGCUGAAGCGCCUGGUGCAACAUCCCAAUUCCUACUUCAUGGACGUUAAGUGCCCCGGCUGCUACAGAAUUACCACAGUUUUCAGUCAUGCACAAGGCGUCGUUGUAUGUGCGGGAUGUGCCACAAUUCUAUGCCAACCCACAGGAGGACGUGCUAAACUUACUGAGGGUUGUUCUUUCAGAAGGAAGCCACAGUAAAGUAAUGAGAUGUCAGCGCGAUUAUUAAUUUUUUUAAUAAACAAAGAAUAAAAAGAUACAACCAAACAAGAGCAUUCAACUAUUUUCUUUACAUUUAAACAUUACAAAGUGUGGUUCAGCUCCGUUGGAAAUAACUGCGAUGUUCAAAUGAUUUUAAUGAAUGAAGUGAAUUGUUUGUAAAAAUGGUAAAAUGAACUUGGAGAUCAAAUGCAUAUUAAUUGUAUUUGGUGUAAAUACAUGUGUCAUUUAACUCAAUAAA